AUGUCGCGGUUCAGUUCGUCGCCGCGUUCUUUCCCCGUUCCUGCUGCCCGGGCACGGCGAUGUCGUUACGCCCGCGAUCAGUCCGCCAUCAAUUGGGUCCUCAGCGUGGUGAUCGCGCCGGGCGAUACUGCGUAUCAGCGCGAUGGUGCCGCCUUAUCCGUCGGUGCCGAUCGCGCGCCCUGCGACGCGGCAUUGCGGCAUCUUGAUCGCGGCGGUUUCCGAUGCCUCAUGGUCGCGCAUUCGCGCAGCGGCAACCAGCAUAAUGGCGCUGGUCAGCACCGCCGCCGCCCGCAUCGGGCGCACUGCCUGCCGCGAAACUGUCGCGCCGCCCGCCCUCACCCGUGCGGUCAGCACCGGCUUGCGACAGGUCGAUCACGUUGGCGGCGCCAGCGUCGCCUAAUUUCGCGCGAUCUCCAACGAAGGAUUUGCCACGGAUGCGGCGUACCGCCGGGUCAAGCGUUCAGCAUCGCGGACAGCCGAGCGGCUGCUCGAAGGCGGAUUGGCCUUGAGAUAGCUCGGUGUCCGCCGUCACCAGAAACCCGCGCAACUGGCUGUUCUCGCGCAGGAUCGAGGUCUCCAGCGUCAGCGCGCUCGAUGGUUCGACUUCUUAUAGUCGACCGUCAGGAUGUCGGGCAACCGUCGCGCUGCGAACCUGAUAAGGCCGGAUUGGCGAAGAAGACGAUCGUCAUCAGCCCGCCGCUGCUGGCCGACAUGUUGAUCACCGUGAACGGGCGAUACCGCCCAGUUUGGCCUGCGAAUGAUGGGGGAUGUUCAAGUCGAAGGUCCAACGGCAGGCGCGGGAUCGAUCCGCGGAGGAUGCCGGGGUCAGGGUCACCUUGUCGCGCUGAUCAGCGCUGGUUGCGCACCACCGCCGCCGCCGUGUUUUUCCCGACAUAG